GUGUGCGCCUUGUCAGCUGUGUACUGGUUCCAGUCCUUCUUUCUUAUCACGAUGACUCACCUAGUAGUGGUUCUGCUCUGGUGUGCUGCAGCACUUCCUGGCCUCCUUGCAGUUGCAUCUUUGCCGGCAGUCACUUGUGCCAAGGAAAGCGUGGCGGCGGCUGCAAGCCUCGGUGUCCAACAUAUCAACGGAAACCACAAGCAUGGAUUCAGGUUCAAGCUGCAGGAGGUCCAGAGCAGCAAAUAUCAACAGAUAUCAGGAGGUUGCCACAUAGAUGUGAAUGUGAAGCUGGUGCAGACCAAAUGUCACUUCACCAACCCCAAACCUGAUGACCAGUGUGAGCUGUGGCGAAUGGAUGAACGGGGUGCCGUUGCCACCUGCAGCAUUGAAUUUUGGGUGAUGUGGGGAGUGGCCAAAGUCACCAGACACCAAUGCACCACCAGACCAGAACUUACCAACGAGGAGCUGGUGACAGUUUGUCCCUAUUGCCCGAGUUUGUUGCCUCUGGAUGACCCGACAGCCGUGAAGGCUGUUAAUGAUGCUGUGGUCAAGUUCAACCGGGAGAGCAAACAGGAGAAAUACUUCACCCUGAUGGAAGUUUCUCAUGUGACAAUGGGGUCUGUUGCAACAAUCGGCACGAUUACCUCACUCAAGUUUGCCCUGGUUGAGACCACGUGUCCCAGAGAAGCCAGGAACACUUUUGUGGCCUGCACACCUCUCUGUCCAGAUAGAGCUCAUCACUCCUUUUGUCAAACCACCUAUUACAACUUGUACAGACAAGUGGGAGAACUUGAGUGUGAAUUAUAUCUUCCAAAAAAUCCAGGCCCCCACCCGACUGAUGUGCCAGAACCUGUGUGCAGGCCGUUGUUCCACCAAAGUCCAGAAGCUUGUCUUUGCAAAGAGCGGCUGAAGAAUCCCACUCAUUCUAUCCACCACAUUUGUCCAUUCCCACUUAAGUGAAGUCAUUGCUUGUCAACUCUCUAUUUGUAAUAAAAGCAAAGUACUUUGCCGCCAUUCAUUUGAUCAUA